AUUUGUUCGCCUUGAAAUUGCACCAUAUCGAUCGCAAGUCGAUUGUCGCGAAUAGAUCGAAAGUUUUCGAGCUCGCGAUAUUACUGAAUUAGAGAAUAAUCGUGUGUAUCUGGUGGUAAUACUGGCUAGUGGAAAAAUGCUAACACUCUCUGCUACCUUUAGAAAAGUUUAUUAUUCGUAAGGAUUCUGGUAUUGCGAUACUGUUGCGGCUUGAAUAGUAUUAAUCCUGAAAUAGAGUGAAAUAAAGCCAGAGCGAGUAAUUUUAUAAUGGAAGGAGGUGGGGUACUUACCGCUGAACGUAGCCCGGCACGCGCGAAUCUACAUGUAGCAUUCACAGAGAAAGGAGAAGUGAAAGAACGCAGAGAGAAAUUCCUGACAGCCAAGUAUGGGUCUCAUCAGAUGUCUCUUAUUCGUAAAAGACUGGCAGUGGAAAUGUGGUUGUUUGAUGAACUAGAAAAAUUAUACGAAACAGUUAAUGACAGUGGUAAAAAUCGAGAAGUCGAAAUCGAUAUAGAUGAACUUCUUGAUAUGGAUAGCGACGAUCAUAGACGAAGAUUUCUGCAAGAACUACUGGUCGAUACCAAAAAGCCUCCACAUGAUAUAAACAAAUUCAUUAAUGAUUUACUCGAAAAAGCUAAAACACUUUGAAGAAGUUUCACGUUCUUCUUAACACUUACGUGUUUGCAAGGACUUUUUUGAAGCAUUAACAAAUUUGCUCAGAUUUGGAACGAGUCAAAGACAUAUUCAAGCCUUAACGAGUUGCGCACGUACAACUCAAAUGCCAAUUUAUCAUUACUUGGAUAGAACUUAACGGGGAAAAACAUUAAAAUGACUCUGCACAUUUUUAUUCUAGCGUGUAUUAUUUCAUAUUGAAAUCGUAAGCAUUAGUAUCUGACUUAUCUCAGUGCAAUGGCUAACUUUGUUAGUUAUUUGUGUGCGCAUCGCAUAUCAAGUAAUAAACCUCACAGUACACAACUGCCUUGCUGUACGAUCCAUCCAAUGUGAUGUAUAAUAGAAAAAGUUUGUUCUUCUACACUCUAGUUUUGUAUGCCUUCUAUACUCCAAUCAUUCGUAGUAAUAUUUAUGUUGUUAAGGAUCGACUAACAAUGCUUCCAAACGUUGUAACUAUACCAAAUGAUUUCUAUACAUAUCCUAUGUUUAUCGAAUUAUCCCAACUGAGAAUACGAUUGGGUUCUAACAGUUAAUAUUCCUAUGUUCUAGUAGUAUAAUCAAUUAACACGAUUUUAUUUAUUUUAGAAAAUACUUUAAGGGAGUAAUAUGAACAAAUUUCGCAUCGAAUGCUUGUACGAAUUAAAGAAGAAAUCUGUUUGAUAAUAUUACGUAGCAAAAGCGUGUAUGUUUCAGAUGAUUUUAUCGCUGGCAUAGUAAUUAAUUAAAACGUGGAAAUGACACCUAUUGUUGCUGCCCUACCGAAUCAGUAUUGAAAAUUACUCUGCUAUCGGUUCCUUUAAUAUUUAUAAAUAUUUAGCAAUCUUAGAUCUAUUAUUACAUUUUUUUUAAUUACUUUGUUACUUAUAUAAUUAUGUUAUAAAUUCCACGAUUUAAAAUUUUUAUUUAUGACGUACCUGUUAUACUUUUUUAAAUUAUAAAACGUACCAAUUUUAAAGAAUCAUUAAAGAGAGUCGUUGUCACGAUAGUAUGCAAUUAUAGGUGACAUUUAUACGGUUUAUCGACUGUCAUUUACCAUCAACAAUCAUGUAAAAGAGGAAGGAAGCAAACUUGACAUAAACUUCCGAAAACACACAGAUCUCUUACACCGAAUGUAUCUCGAAUUAUUACUUAAUAUUGUACCAAAAGACUGCACAAAUGGAAUUUACCUUCCUCUCAAAACUAGAUGCGUACAGAAAUUACACGACAAAUAAGAUAUUACGAUGGAUAUAUCAUUAAUGAACGUAUACAUAGUAUCGGAUGUCGAACGAACUGAGAAGUUGGCAAACACACUACGCAAAAGGAACUUUUGUGUUCACGUUGGAUAGAAUGUAAAGCAAUACCAAAAAUGUGAUCACUUUGCAACACGUCUUGGCAACACAAA